CUUUGGAUUUGAUGGAUUCGAAGGAUUGGGUCGCUAAUCAGGGUACUGAACCCACUACUGACACAGUUGAUUGGAGAACUCAACUGCAACCUGAUCAACGCCAAAGAAUUGUCAAUAAAAUAAUGGACACGUUAAGAAGACAUAUUCCUGUUUCUGGUUCCGAGGGAUUACUUGAACUUCUGGAGAUAUCUCAACGGUUUGAAGAUAAGAUUUAUACUUCCGCGACAAGCCAGACUGAUUAUCUACGAACAAUAUCUACGAAAAUGCUAACAAUGGAGAUUAAAUCUCAAAACACCAUGGCCAACAAUAUGCCAUCAAAUGAAGGUGGUCCCAGGAAUAAUCUGCCCGAUCAAGAUACUAAGGAUUUAAUGGAUUCCAGUAAUUGGGUCGCUAAUCAGGGUACUGAAUCCAUUGCCGACACAAUUGAUUGGAGAACUCAACUGCAACCUGAUCAACGCCAAAGAAUUGUCAAUAAUAUAAUGGACACGUUAAGAAAACGUCUUCCUGUUUCUAGUUAUGAGGGAUUAAUUGAACUUCAGAAGAUUGCUCAAAGGUUUGAAGAUAAGAUUUACACUUCUGCGACAAGCAAGUCUGAUUAUCUACGAAAAAUAUCUACGAAAAUGCUAACAAUGGAGAAUAGAUCUCAAAACAGUGUUAAUACCCAACAGACCAACAUCAUUUCAUUACCGUCACAAGGUGGGGUAAAUGUAAUCCAACCAAAUCUAAAUACCCAUCAGCCUGGUUUCAAUAUGCUUCUGCAACAACAACUGAAACAUCAGCAGGAACUUCCAUCAUCUCAGUUUGUCACAAGAGAAGCCUUUGAUCAGUUUGUGCAACAAACUCGGAACUUCAUUGAUCUAAUCAACAAAAGGCAUGAACAAGGAGAAGCUGCUAGGGCUGCUAUGCAAUCAAAUUUGGAUUUAAUCUUGGCUAAGCUUUCUAGCAAAAACACUUGAGCAUUUAUGUUCAUCUUUUUAGCUUUUACUUCCUACUUGGCCGCACCCCUUUAAGUUUCUUGAAUCAUAAGUUUUUUUUCCUUCUCGCUUUCUUUUGUCUGAUGACAGAAAGAGGAAAAUAUAUUGAAUAAUCUUGUUUUAGUUUUUUUUUUUUUAGAUUUAUUUCCUUUUGAGAUUUCAUUGAACUUGUG